UUCUAUAACAUGGUAAUUAAAAAUGUUCAACAGAACUGCCAUGUCUGAUUUUCUGCUCCUGGAAUUCUCAGAGGUUCGGGAACUGCAGUUUCUACACUUCACUGUGUUUCUGAUGGUGUACUUGGUAACUGUCACAGGGAACCUCCUCAUCAUCUCUUCAGUUGCCUUAGACCAUCACCUGCACACCCCCAUGUACUUCUUUCUGAUGAACUUGGCUGUGCUGGAUCUUGGCCAAGUUUCAGUCAUUGUCCCCAAAUCCAUGACCAAUUCCCUCCUGAAUACCAGGCACAUUUCAUAUUCAGGGUGUGUUGCUCAACUCUUUUUGUUUCUGUUCUUUAUAACAUCUGAUUUCUGCAUCUUGACAGUCAUGGCAUAUGAUCGGUAUGUGGCUAUUUGCAAUCCAUUACGUUAUGAAAUGGUAAUUAAUAGGCAGGCCUGCAUUGAAAUGCUGACUGGUGUAUGGGUUGCUGGUUUUCUAUAUUCAGGGAUGCACACCACUGGGACUUUUGCAACCCAUUUCUGCUCUAAUGUUGUCAAUCAAUUUUUUUGUGAAAUCCCACAACUAAUAAAAUUGACUUGUUCAGACAUAAAUCUAAUUGAAAUGGCUGCUGUUGUGAUUGGAAUUAUCCUUCUGCUAGGCUGUUUCGUCUAUAUCCUUGUAACUUAUGUUCACAUUUUCACCACAGUGUUAAGACUGCCUUCCGCAAAGGGAAGACAGAAAGCUUUGUCCACUUGCCUUCCUCACCUCAUUGUCUGCUCCACAUUUAUAUUUACUGGGUGUGUUGCCUACCUGAAGCCUGUCUCUAACACCCCAUCAUGGCUGGAGUUGAUUUUUACUGUGAUCUAUUCCUUGGUUCCACCUAUGUUGAAUCCAGUGAUUUACAGUAUAAGAAACAAAGAGAUAAAAAAUGCAAUGUCAAGGGUUUUAAGAUUUAGGUACAUUCCUAGAAUUAUAUGA